AUGGGCAUCGUCGACUAUUUCAGUCGACCGCGUGGCUUCCAGGCACAUGGCGGUGCUGAUACGCCCACCAUGGACGCCCCCAAAACCAUUGAGCCUACUAUCAUCUCGAGUCCGGAGUCUUCGGGCGCAGUGACGCCUGCACAUAUGCUACCCUCUCCCGCUGGCAGUGAAGAGCCGUUCAUUUUCGAAAAGAUCCCACACCAAUUUGGUCGCCUGGGCUCUUGGAGAGGAAGUUUGAUCUUGCUCGUCACUUCUGGCUCUCAGUUCCUUGACAACGUUUUUAUGACCAGUGCCAAUAUUGCUUUGUCGUCCAUUCAAAAAGAUUUCGAUGUCUCGAGCACUGACUUGCAAUGGAUGAUCUCGGCAUACACCUUGUCAUUCGGUGGUUUUCUUUUACUAGCUGGUGCUUUAUCUGAUCGUUAUGGACGAAAGAAGAUCCUCUGUCUAGGUCUUGCGUGGCUUUCUGUCUGGACUCUGGCUAUUGGAUUUGGCCAAUCGUUUAUUCAGCUUACGGUAUUCCGUGGCAUUCAGGGAAUCGGAGCUGCACUGACUGUACCAUCCGCUAUUGGAAUUAUCAGCUCUUAUUUCAGUGGUGUUGACCGCACCCGUGCUCUGUCAAUCUAUGGAGCCUCCGGUACCCUUGGAUUCUGUACAGGUCUCAUCUUUGGUGGUUUCCUAACCUCCUCGUUGGGCUGGAGAUACAUCUUCUACCUGAUCGUCAUCAUCACUGGCUCAUUAGGGAUCUUGGGCUACAUUGUCCUUCCUGCCGAUGUGCCGUCAAAGAAGAAGCACGAGCGAAUGGACUACAUUGGAGCAGUGAUGUCUACAGCUGGUUUGAUUCUGCUCCAAUUCGUACUCUCCAGUGGAGGAACUUACGGUUGGGACCAGCCUUUCAUCAUUGUUCUAUUAAUCCUGGCCGUUGGUCUUCUCGUUGGAUUCACUAUCCUUGAGAAGUACAUCAGCAACCCAAUCAUGCCACUGUCAUUGUGGAAGAUUCGUAACUUUGCCGGUCUCUGGGUUAUUGGUUUCACUGGAUAUGGAACAUAUCAGAACGUCAUAUACUACAUCGUGCUGAUUGCACAGGAAGUAGAUCAGCUCAACGCAGGAGAUACCGCGCUCCGCUUCUUGCCCAUGGGUGCCAUUGGGUUCAUCGUCUCCCUUGGAACCGGAAAGCUUCUCGAAUAUAUGAACGGAAAGCACCUCCUUAUCGCUGGACUGGUUCUAGCAGUUGUUGCUCCCAUUUCGAGUUGCUUGACCUUGAGCCCUGAACACAGUUUCUGGCUCAAUGUCCUUCCCACCUCUCUGAUCAGCAUCUCAUCCGUGUCAUUCAUCUUUGUCACGACCAGCACCGUGGUUCUGACAAGUGUGCCAGUCGAGGUUAAGAGUUUGGCUGGAGGAAUGCUCAACACUGCAUUCCAAAUUGGCUCUGGCGUCGCAUUGGCUAUCUCGGCCGCUGUCACCGAUGCUGUUGACAUCCAAAAAGGACAUGGUCUCGCAGAACAGUAUGCGACCGGCCUCUGGUGCUCUGUUGGACUUGCCGGGCUUGGCCUAAUUAUUGGUCUCAUCGCAGUUCGGGAGAAGGGUAUCGGUCCUAAAGAUAGACUCGGGGCUGGCCCAGUUGCUAUCUAA